UUGCACAAGAUGGAAAAUUUGAAUUGAUUGAAUAUAUUGGAUGGAUGUGAUGCGAUGGACGUGAAUGCGAUUCCAUUUAGAUUCACAUGCAUCAUAUCACAUCAUAUUAUAAAUCCACAAUCAUAUGCCGUUGCCAUACAUACACAUCCAUCCGCCAAUUUUUUCUUCCACCGACCAUCGUUACCAUGCGCAAAAUCCAGAGUUCAUAAACCCUUUUUAGUUUCCUCCAAAUCCAAACACCGCUUAACCGCGCCGCCAUGAACUUCUUAAAGUCCGUCUUCGCUGACGAGCCCAACUCGCCGCCGGCCGUAUCGGACAGCCCCGAUCCGCCUCCGAGCGACGCCGCGUGGAGCUUCGGUGGCCUCAUCCAAACUCUCGCCUCGAAAUCCGAAUCCGUCCUCGAGAACUACCGUCGCGAUCUCGAGGAAUUCGGGUCCGGUUUGAGGAAGGAGACGGCGGUGAUCCGCGAAGCCGCCUCACGCGCCGUCCAGGAGCUGCCGGCGUCGCUCGACGUCGGCGCGUCGGUGGCGCAGGAGUCGCUCGAAUCCGUCGGCCAAGCCAUCGACGACAUCGGCAUCACCGUUUGGAACUCGACAGCGCAGAUUAUCUCUCACGGUAGGGACUCUCUCUUAGCCUCUGAUUUCGAUUCCGAUUCUUUCGAUUCGAACAAUUACGAUAAUAGCAAUGCUAGCAAGAAACUGUUGAGCGGUAGUGGUAGCAGUGAUCGUGGUUUGGAUUUGAAACGGUAUAGUAGGUUUGAUACGCUGGUGGGUGCGCUUCAGUGUGAUGUGAAUACCUAUUUGGCAGAGCCUGAGGAUUUGGGGAAUUUCAAUGAGUGGAAAUUAGGGUUUGAGUUGGAUGAGAAGAAGGAGGAGAUUCGGAAUUUGAUUGAAGAGAAUGAAGUUGUUGAUGAGAUUUAUGAGAAGGUUGUUCCUAGUAGGAUUGAUGAUGAGGGUUUCUGGAGCAGGUAUUUUUAUAGACUUGAUAAGCUGAGGCAAGCCGAGGAUGCAAGGGCUAAGCUCGUGAAGCGCGCACUUUCUGGGGAUGAAGAGGAGGAUUUGAGCUGGGAUUUCGAUGAUGAUGGCAAUGAUGGGUAUGAGCCUUUAGGUAAUAACAGUAGGGUUUCAGGGGUGAAGGAGGGAAAUUCUGGUUACAUUGUCGCGGAUGGUGGCAGUGUUGAGAACGUUCAGGCUGGAAAGAAGGAUUCAGAGAUAGAGGGUGAUGCGAAGAUUGUUGAUAAUGUUCAGGUUGUGAAGAAGGAUUUGGAGAUAGAGGAAGAUGAGACGGGUGUUGCUGCUUCUGAAUCUAAAACUGAUGUUGAUGAUAAGUCGGAGAAUGUGGCAUCUAAUGUUCCUGAGAAUGUAAGUAUCAGUGGGGAUAAGUUGGAUGCCAAAUAUGAAGAAAAAGAGGCAUCAGAAGGGAAGAUAGAUAAUGAUAACAAUGGAUCGUGCAAAGACAGUGAUAUUUCAGUUGUUUCAAGCCAGCCUUCAAUGCCUGGGGAAGAAGACAUUGGCUGGGAUGAAAUUGAAGAUAUUGAAAGCAAUGAUGAGAGUAAAGGGGAUGGUGUUGGGUCCGCAAGUAGGAUUGAUUUGCGGAAGAGGUUGAGUGUGGCAGACCAAGAUGAGGAUCUUAGUUGGGAUAUUGAAGAUGAUGAUGAUGUGGCUGUCAAAUAAUGAGCAGAUUGUGGAUUCAGAUCAUCGGUGCUUUAAUUACUAAACACGAAUUACUUAUUUAGUGUAUAAUUCUUUCUUAUAAAUUAACAAUGUAAAUAAAUUGUUUUUUUAUGUCUUAUACAAGCUUAAUUUGUAAGUUAUUGUGGAUUCUUCAUCCCCUUUGAGGAAGGUUCUUGCACCAUAUUCGGUGUAUCUUUUUUACAGGAAGGCAUGUUCAGUUAUUUGCAUUUGCUA